GAAUGCUAGGAGUUUGGGCGGUCGUUGGUGGCUGUCGCUGACAAAGGGAUCAUGCGCUAACGCGGGCAAGUUCGUGGCUGUUCAGUUUCGAGGCGAGCGUACUCAGCGUAGCGGGACAACUAGCCAGCCGCCCGCGGAGCCCGCAGUAACCGAGCCCCGCGCUGUCUCCCGUCCCGCUCGAGUCGCGGUGCCAGCGGAAGACGCCGGCGGUGACAGCACGCCGGAAGCGGAUGGCGCUGCGUUGAAGCGCGCCGAGCUGCAGCGGCUGGUGGAGCUGUAUGAGAAUCUCGGGACGACCGGUGUUGCUCCGCCGAUGGAUGCCUGGGAGCCGGCCGCGGGCGUUGAAAUCAACAUGUGGGACAUCAAGCUGGCGUUUCGGGAUCGUCGACUGGAGCAAAUGCGGGCCGAGGAGACGGGAAUUCUGACCCGGGCGGCGCGGCAGGGCCUCCAGCAGGCGGCCGACGCCUCCGGUCCGCUGCACUUGUCCGAGGCCUGGCGCACCGCGGUGCACAGCGUCCUGCGCAUGGAAGCCGGCAACUGCUGCUACCUCGUCGAGCCCUGGAACAACGCCAUCAACGAGGAGGCCGACGGGCUGCGCUGGCUGCGGCCUUUCGUCAUGGUCUUCCAGUGCACCGCGGGCCGCGCCCCGGCUCGCAGCCUGCAGAUCGUCCUCGUCGUGCUGGGCGGCCCGCGGUGCUCCCGGGAGACCUUCAGCGACAUGGAGGCGACCCUGGGCGACGUGCACGCCUUCCUGGCCGCGAAGGAGCACGCCGCGGACCAGCUGGCCUACCUGCUGUACCGCGGUGCCCACUUCGUCUGGGGCCUCCAUCGCCGCGGUCAGCCGCCGUCGCGCCGCUGCGACGAGCCGAGCUCGACGCCCGCCAACCCACUGCCGACGAGGCGCUGCAGCAACUCUACCAGCACAUCACCGCCGUCACAUUUUGAUCGUUUUUGCAGCGACUCCUGUUGUGCGUUCGUUGGAAUGGGAACGCGGCAGUGUCCACGUGAUCCCGCCAUUCUCGCGGCGUUCGAUUAAUUGUGUGCAGUUUACUUCCGUCGUUGCGGCUGUGAUCGAUUGCUCAUCUGGUUGGCGUAUUAUGUACGUACAGUAUUGUAUACUCGCACUGCGAUUAAUUUUCACGGCCAGAUGUGUACAUUGCGUGUUUUAUUGCGCGCCUUUUUUUGCUGCUUGUACCGGCUGAUAACAUGAGCCAAGUUUUGUUGAG